CAGGUGGCGGUAAUGCACCUGAAAGUUAAUAAAUAAAAUAUUAAGAAGAAGAAAAAAGCGGUAGAAUGAACGCAUGUUGUACUGUUCUAUGAAAGCUUGUUCACUGUUGGCUUUUGAAGGACAGAAAUGACUUCAUCCGUGUCAAAGGGAUGUUUUGUUUUUAAGUCAGCCUCCAAAAAGAGAAAGCGACAUAUAGGAGUUGGUGGAUAUUUGGUGGACGAUAGCGACGAGAACGGCUGCGAUCGUUUUACAAUCUGUCAGAAAUUAUGGGAAACGGUUCAAAUGAACACAGAGGUAAUACAAGAUCAGUUGAAUAAAAAAGUACUUGAUAGUCUUGCAGAGUUCAUUAAAAAGCCUGGCCUCGCCCUCUCAUUCUAUGGUAAUCACAGGAAGUGUGUGGGGUUUGAGGGCACAGGUCAGUACUAUAGUAAUUUGAAGAGUCGUUAUGGAAAUAACAUUGAUACAUGCAACAUAGCCCAACUAUUAGCUCCAUCUAUUAUUGACCUCAGUAAAACCUUUUAUUGUCACCUAGGUGUAAAUGUGCCAGAUCAUGCCAUGACAUUUCGAAGUCUGUGUAAUCUCCUUCAGGAUUCUGUCACCCCGUUUGUGGUGUCUGUUCAUGCCAAAGAAUGUGCAGCUGUGAAGCUCUUGAUUCAGAAAGUUCUAGAGCAACUGAUGGGAAGAGGAGUGUCUGUGGACGAAGAACAGGAAGAUGAUACAGCUUUGCUUCAAAAGACACAGUGUACUAUUAGUGCUCUAUGUCAGUGGUACAAGACUGUUACCAAGGAAAGGAGAAGACAAGAAAACAAAUGCACCCAAGUUUCUCCAAAAAGGAAAGAAAACUUGGCAAAAAAUGACUUGCCUGUUGUUGUGAUCUUCAAAGACUUUGAGGCAUUCAACUCACAAGUUUUACAGGAUUUUAUCCUUAUUUGCAGUCGAUACACCCAGGAGCUUCCAUUUGUCUUUAUUUUUGGCAUUGCCACAUCUCCCAGUGCUAUCCAACACAGGCUUCCCCACUCGGUGUCAUCGUUGCUCUGCAUUGAAGUCUUUCAUUCUCUUUCAUGUACUCAGCAUUUGGCUUCUGUUUUUGACAAGCUCAUUCUGAACUCUCAGUUCCCAUUCAAGCUCAGCAGUAGGGUGAUACAGGUGCUGGUUGGGAUCUUCCUCUACCAUGACUUCUCUGUUCAGAAUUUUGUUAAGGGCCUACAGUUCUCCAUGUUGGAGCACUUUAAUAGCCAGCCACUCAGCGUGCUUUGCUGCCAAAAACACGAGGCCUUGCUUUCUGCCAAGAUAUUGAGCAAACAAAAUGUUGAACGAAUCCGCCAUCUACCCUCGUUCAUGAGGUAUGUGGAGACUCAGGAGCCCCAGGAACAGGUGCGGCUCCUUACCAAUGAUGAACAUGUCAAGGAAGUAUGUCAAAAAUUACUGAAAAACCUCCACACAUACCACAAGAAUUACUAUCCCAUUCUACAGUGUCUGCACUCUUUGACAUCAUCACUGCCUAAGUUUCCUCUGGGGAAGCAUAUACGAGAACUCCAUGUAUCCUGCAUUGAGAAGAAUUUAUGGGAGACAGAGGAGUAUGAUUCAGCCUUGCAGCUUCUUAGGAUUCUAGCAAAAGACGAGCUUGUUGCAGCUUUACGGAGUUGUGCUGAAAUUCUUAAAUCUGCCAAUACCAAGAGAAUGCAAAAUGUUUUACAACAACUGGAAGAUUUUCUUGGCAGAUUGGAAGCAUUGCAGGGUGUCUCUUCAGAAGAUUCUUCAGGGAAUGGCGUCGUCUCAGCAAAAAUGGAAUAUCAGAGAACAGAUCUCUUUCAGCUUCAAAAGACUCUGCUUGAAAAAGAGUCUCGAAGAACAAAGAGAAUGAAUCCUUUCGAAGUGCUUCGAAGCCAGGUUAUAGACUUUAUUGACAGCCUUGUGAGAGAAUACUUGACUCCAGCAGAAUUCCAGCCGCUCAAUGAAGUUUGCUACUACAGUUCCUCUGGGGUCCUGCGACAGCGACUCAAUGUCACCCCACGGACAUCCAUUCAAGCUGCUCUCACUCAUCCUUUCUACUACUUGAAGAAUGAAAGCCUGAAAACAAAUACUGGCACAAUCUCUAGUGCUGCACCAGACCUCUGCAUUGUAUACAAGCUUCAUCUGGAGUGUGGGAGACUCAUAAAUCUGUAUGACUGGCUUGAGGCAUAUGUAACUGUGAUGUCAGCUGCCGAGGACCAAGAUACUAAUUCUGAGGAGUGUGGCAAAUUUGACAGCCUUAAGCAUGCUCGUUUCAUUCAGGCUGUUUCCGAAAUGGAAUUUCUUGGUUUUGUUAAAUCAACAAGACAGAAGACUGACCAUGUGGCAAGACUGACUUGGGGAGGUUGUUAAAGAAAUAAUUUGUAAAGUACUGUUUCCUGAGUACAAGAGACUGGCCUGACAUGCAAGAUUUUGCAUCACAAAUGUAUUUUGUGCUGUCAGCUGUAUUAUACAUGUUACUAUUACCUUGUUUUUUGUUUUUUACAUUUGGUUAUGUUUGUUUAACUGGAAUUAAAAAUAAAAUACUGUUUUAAUGUC